AUGAAACGUCAUAAUGCUGACGGUGUAGUUAACAAAAAGGAAUGUCAAGUUCUGAGAAAUGGUGCCUGGGAGAUUGUACACUGGGAGAAGGUGGCUGUUGGUGAAGUAGUCAGAGCUGCAAAUGGGGAUCACCUCCCGGCUGACCUCGUCAUACUGUCGUCCAGUGAACCGCAGGGAAUGUGCUACAUUGAAACCUCAAACUUGGAUGGAGAGACCAACCUUAAGAUCAGACAGGGGCUCCAGGUGACCUCCGAGAUAAUGGAUAUCGAUAGCCUCAUGCGUCUGUCGGGGCGUAUGGAGUGUGAAAGUCCAAACCGCCAUUUGUACGAGUUUGUCGGCAACAUCAGGCUGGACGGCCACAGCACGGUGCCUCUGGGGCCGGACCAGAUUUUACUGAGGGGAGCCCAGCUGAGGAACACGCAGUGGGUCCAUGGAGUCGUUGUGUACACAGGACAUGACACAAAGCUAAUGCAGAAUUCCACUCGGCCACCGCUGAAACUGUCCAACGUUGAGCGGAUUACUAACUUUCAGAUCCUGGUGCUGUUUGGCUGCCUGCUGGCAAUAUCUCUGGUCUGCUCCAUUGGCCAGACCAUCUGGAAGUACCAGUAUGGCAAUGAUGCCUGGUACAUGGAUCUCAACUACGGCGGCGCAGCUAACUUUGGCCUCAACUUUCUCACCUUCAUCAUCUUGUUCAACAACCUGAUUCCCAUCAGCCUCCUGGUGACUCUGGAGGUCAUCAAGUUCAUCCAAGCCUUCUUCAUCAACUGGGACACAGAUAUGCUGUACGAGCCGACAAACACACCUGCUAUGGCUCGAACUUCAAACUUAAACGAAGAAUUAGGCCAGGUGAAAUAUAUCUUCUCUGACAAAACGGGGACAUUGACCUGCAAUGUCAUGCAGUUCAAGAAGUGUACCGUUGCUGGAGUGGCAUAUGGGCACAGCACUCACUCUUCCGAAGAGGCAGGAUUUAACGACCCGAGCUUACUGGAAAACCUCCAAAGUCAUCACCCCACAGCUGCUGUCAUCCUGGACUUCAUGACAAUGAUGGCCAUCUGUCACACCGCGGUCCCAGAGCGCACAGAGGAGGGUAUUGCCUACCAAGCUGCGUCUCCAGACGAAGGAGCUCUGGUUCGAGCCGCACGCAACUUGGGAUUUGCGUUUUCUGGUAGAACUCCAGACAGUGUUUUUGUGGAAAUUCUCGGAAAAGAAGACAAGUACGAACUUCUUCAUGUGUUGGAGUUCACAAGCACCAGAAAGAGGAUGUCCGUCAUCAUGCGCACCCCAUCUGGGAAGAUCCGGCUCUACUGCAAAGGCGCUGACACUGUGAUAUACGACCGUCUCUCGGACAGUUCUCGGUAUAAAGAGAUCACAUUGAAGCAUCUGGAACAGUUUGCCACAGAAGGGCUGCGUACGCUGUGCUUCGCUGUGGCAGAGAUCAGCGAGUCGUCGUACAAACACUGGCAGGAGAUCCACCAUCGAGCCUCCACGUCACUGCAGAACCGAGCCCUGAAGAUGGAGGAGAGCUACGAACUCAUUGAAAAGAACCUUCAGCUCUUGGGCGCCACAGCCAUCGAAGACAAACUCCAAGACAAAGUUCCCGAAACCAUCGAAACCCUAAUAAAAGCCGACAUCAAGAUCUGGAUUCUGACUGGAGACAAACAAGAAACGGCUAUCAAUAUUGGACAUUCCUGCAAGCUCUUGACCAAGAACAUGGGGUUGCUUGCGGUCAACGAAGACACUCUAGAUGCAACACGCGAGACCCUGACCCAUCACUGUGGAAUGCUGGGAGAUGCCUUGUACAAGGAAAACGACUUUGCCCUCAUUAUUGAUGGGAAGACUUUAAAGUACGCGCUCACCUUCGGAGUGCGACAAUAUUUUCUUGACCUCGCCUUGUCGUGUAAAGCGGUCAUAUGCUGCAGAGUUUCUCCGCUGCAAAAGUCGGAGGUGGUGGAGAUGGUGAAGAAACACGUCAAGGUGAUCACUCUGGCCAUCGGUGACGGAGCCAACGAUGUGGGAAUGAUCCAGACCGCUCAUGUGGGGGUGGGGAUCUCAGGGAACGAGGGUCUGCAGGCCUGCAACUCCUCCGACUACUCUAUUGCGCAGUUCAAAUACUUGAAGAAUUUGCUGCUUGUGCAUGGCGCCUGGAACUACAACCGCGUGGCCAAGUGCAUCCUGUACUGCUUCUACAAGAACAUCGUGCUUUACAUCAUUGAGAUCUGGUUUGCAUUUGUCAAUGGCUUCUCCGGUCAGAUCCUGUUUGAACGCUGGUGCAUCGGCCUGUACAAUGUGCUCUUUACCGCAUUGCCGCCUCUGACUUUGGGGAUAUUCGAGCGCUCGUGCCGAAAAGAGAACAUGUUAAAGUACCCUGAACUCUACAAGUCCUCACAGAACGCCAUGGGUUUCAAUACAAAGGUCUUCUGGGCCCAUUGUCUGAACGGCCUCUUCCACUCAGUCAUCCUCUUCUGGUUCCCCCUGAAAGCGUUCCAGCAUGACACGGUUUUUGGCAGUGGACAGACUCCAGACUAUCUGCUCUUGGGGAACAUGGUUUACACAUUUGUGGUAAUCACAGUUUGUCUAAAAGCUGGUCUAGAAACAUCUUCGUGGACCACGUUCAGUCACAUUGCCAUCUGGGGAAGCAUUGCAUUGUGGGUGGUGUUUUUCCUGAUUUACUCCUCCCUCUGGCCGCUCAUCACGUUGGCUCCCGACAUGUCCGGAGAGGCCACUAAGAUGUUCAGCUCCGGCGUCUUCUGGAUGGGCCUGGUCUUCAUCCCCGUCACCUCUCUGGUCUUUGACGUGGCCUACAAAGUGGUGAAAAAGGUUUGCUUCAAGACACUGGUGGAUGAGGUUCAGGAGCUGGAAGCCUUAUCCAAAGACCCCGGAGCAGUCGUUCAUGGCAAAAGUCUGACAGAGCGAGCCCAGCUUCUGAAGAACGUCUUCAAGAAGAGCACCGUCAGUUUGUACCGCUCCGAGUCCUUGCAGCAAAACCUGCUCCACGGCUACGCCUUUUCCCAAGAUGAAAACGGCGUGGUGUCUCAGUCUGAGGUGAUCCGGGCCUAUGACACCACCAAGCAGAGGAGCAACGCCUGGUGA